AUGAGCAGUUUCCCUUUCAUGGUAGUUUUAAGCAUCGUAUGUGUAAUCACUCUUUUCCCGAGUAACGUGCCAUCACAUGAUCUCGGGAACGAACGAAGAUCCAACGAGACCAAGCCGAGCUUCAGGCAAAGUAGCCCCCUUCUACCCCGAUUCCACAAGCAUCGGAUAAAGAAUAACAAGCCAGCAGUUUACACCAAAGAAGCAUCACCCAUAACUUUAACCCAACGUCCAACGAACAGCAGGCGAAUUCGUCUUUUUGGCCGAGUAGGACUGUUUCUUCAUUGUAAUGCAAACGGAACAGUUUCUGGUUCUUUGAAUCGACACAGUUCAUAUGUAAAAUUUGAGCUCCAGUCGUUUGGUCCAAGUAUUGUUCGAAUCCGAAGCAUUGGAACUGGGAAGUUCUUCGCAAUCAAUUCUAAGGGAAUCCUGCAUACAAUCGGAGAAGCAACAGACGAAUGUUUAUUCUAUCAAAACCACGAAGAGAACCUCUUUCUAUCGUUCGCCUCUUUUAAGUAUUACAUGAAAGAACAUUACGACAUGUUUAUCAGUAUAAAACGAAACGGAGAAGUAAAACAAGCUACUUCCACUCUUCCCGGACAGGACAGUAUUCAAUUCAUCGCUCUAAACAGCGACAGCUUGAGAUUGGCUCGACUCCACAAUUGA